AUGGGUGGGCACGGGGUGGGAGGGGGCAGCACGGCUCCCGCAGGGCUAUGGGGGCCGAUUCCCCCUUUCCUUCACACUGCUUUCAGCCCUUGGUUCGGAACCCCGCGGCUGUGCUGGCUGAGAGCAUCACCCCAAAACGGGUUUCCCCCCUCUUUAUCUCCGAGCCUUUCUCCCCCCGUCGCCACUCCCUUCUCCCCACCGUGGCUCAGCACCGUGGGGCUCACGGGGCAGCACCCACCCAUACAUCCCCCUCCCCUCGCAGCCCCCAACACCUGGGGGGUCUCCUACCCCGAAACACUGCACAGCGUUGCGGGUUCCUGCGUGGUGUUUCCCUGCACCUUCAGCUUCCCCGACGACGUCUCGGCCUCCGGCGGCGUCACGGCCAUCUGGUACAAAGACUACGAGGGGCAGAAGGAGGUGGUGUUCCACUCCAACGACCAAGGGGUGGAUUCCAAGUUCAGGGGCCGCACGCAGCUCCUGGGGGACCCCAGUGCCCAAAACUGCACGCUGCUGCUGCGUGGGGUGCAGCCCCAGGACAGCGGGAAGUUCCGCUUCCGCUUCGAGAUCGUGGACGGGGACCGCUGGUCGGCGGCGCGGGACGUGGUGCUGCGGGUGGAGGACACCCCGGAGCCCCCGAGCAUCACCACCAGUGAGGAGGUGUUGGAGGACACGCUGGUCACCUUGCAGUGCUCCUCUCCCUACAGCUGCCCCCUGGAUGCCGUCACCCUGCGCUGGGUGGGCUUUGACCCACGUGUGUCAGCGCUGUCCAGCCACGUGCAAAUGGACACCAGGGGGGUCAGCCACCACCAGAGCCUCACCACGUCCUUCUCCUGGAGGGAUCACUCCAGGGUGCUGCUCUGCGAGGUGCUGCUCGGCUCCCAGAGGGCGAGCGCUGAGCUGGUGCUGCGGGUGCGACACCCCCCCAAAGGCACCGAGGUGUCCCUGGACCCCCCCACACAUCACGUCCGCGUGGGUGACACGCUGUCCCUCAGCUGCACGGUGAACAGCAGCCACCCUCCCAUCACCGCCUUCCGUUGGUACAAGGACGGCACAGCUGUGGGCACGGGGCCCAUCCUGGUGCUGCGGGGCGUGCGGGGCCGGGACCACGGGCGGUACCACUGUGAGGCCCAAAACGCCAUCGGGACCGGUGUGGCACCCGCUGUGACGCUGUAUGUCAUGUCCGCAGAGGUGUCCAUCAGCCCCGCCGCUGAGGUGCAGGAGGGGACGGCCACCACGCUGUCCUGCAACGUGCCGGGCCAGGAGGGCCGGGAGCUGAACUACACGUGGUACCACAACGGUGCAUGGCUGCAGCAGGGCCCUGCUCACCGCAUGCUCCUCCCACACGCCGCCGCCUCCGACGCUGGGUUCUAUUCCUGCACGGCCACCGAUGCGUGGGGCAGCGCUGAGUCCCCGGCCCUGAGCCUCAGCGUGACGUACCCCCCCCCGGCCCCCGUGCUGACGCUGCUGCAGGAGCCGCACGGCGGAGGGCUGGCCGUGUUGCGCUGCGUGGUGGACAGCCACCCUCCGGCCGUGCUGGCCCUGUACCACGGGGACAACCUGGUGGCCACCAGCAGCUCUCCUGCGGCCCCGGGCGGCGCGGGGGUCACGGCCGCCCGCAAUGCGCUGCGCAUGGAGCUCCGUGAUGUGCGGCUGCAGGACAGCGGGACGUACCGCUCCGACUCUAAGCUUAACCAUAACCCGAACCAUGACCCCAACCCAAACCCUAACCCUAUCCCCAACCCCAACCCUAGACCCAAUCCUAACUAUGACCCCAACCCCAACUCUAACCCUAAUGCUAACCUUAACCGUAACCCUAACCCAAAAAAUGAUCCCAACCCUAACCACAACCCUAACCCUAACCCUAACCGUAACCCUAACCCAAAAAAUGAUCCCAAACCUAACCCUAACCCUAACCCUAACCCUAACCCUAACCCUAACCCUAACCACGACCCCAACCCUCCGCCAGCCCCCCAGGUCCUGAUCCAGCCGUCCCAGGAGGUCCAUGAGGGUGCAGCUGUCACACUGCGCUGUGUCACACCGGCUGACACCCCGGGGAGCCCCACGUUCACCUGGUACCGCAACGGCCGGCGGCUGGCGGGGCGCACAGAGCCGGUGCUGCACCUCCCUGCUGUGCGUGGCGGCGACGCCGGCGCCUUCCAGUGCCGGUCCCAGAGCAGUGGGGAUGCAGCUGAUGGGGAUGCAGCUGAUGGGGAUGCUGCUGCUGCUGGGGAUGCUGCUGGGGACACAUCGGAGGCCGUCCUGCUGCGGGUGCUCUUCCCCCCGAGGCAGCCGGUGCUGAGCUCCUUCCUGCAGAGGCAGGGCGGGCAGCUGGGCAUCAUCCAGUGCACGGUGGAGAGCGAGCCGGAGGCUGAGCUGAGCCUGUGGCGGGGGGACGAGGUGGUGGCCUGCACGAGGGGCUGCACCCCGGCCCACAGCCCACGGCGGAGUGUCACUGCCUCAUACAACAGCCUGAGGCUGGAGCUGCAGGACGUGGUGCUGCAGGAUGAGGGCACCUACGUGUGCCGGGCUGGGAACGCGCAGGGCAACGCCAGUGCAGCCAUUGCCUUCAGCGCUGAGACUGCCCGUGUCGCAGUGUCCCCGUCGCCCCGUGUGCUCGAAGGCCGUGCUGCCAACUUGACCUGCCAGGUCAGCAGCGACUCCGGGACCCAUCCCAACAUCACCUGGUACAGGAAUGGGCAGCAGCUCCCCGCUGGCCCCACUGCAGCCCUGCUGCUCCCACAAGUGACAGCUGGGGACGCGGGGCUGUACCACUGCACGGCUGUCAGCGGGAGCAGCAGCCGGAGCUCCGCUGCUGUGCUGUUGGAUGUGCUGUACCCCCCCGGGGACCCCCAUCUCACCGCCUUCCUGGAGACGCAGAGGGGCCGGCUGGCCAUUUUCCAGGCCUCGGUGUCCAGCAACCCCCCAGCCGAGCUGUCCCUGCACCACGGGGAGCGGCCGGUGGCCUCCAGCAGCGGAGGGGGCUCGGCUCGCCGCGGGUCAGCGCGUGGCCGCCCCAACUCUCUGCGGGUGGAGCUCCGGGAGGUGACGCCGGAGGACGAGGGCAGCUACCGC